AUGUCUCCAUCGGAAUGUGAGUGUUUUUGUAGUGCUAGGAUUUAUAGACUAUAUAGCAUUCACCCCCCACCCCCCAUUACUUUUUGCUCCCCAUAUCUCGCGUAAGCCUGUGUAAGUGUGUGUGUUGGGGGGUUGGGGGUUGGGGGGGGCUGUCUUGCGUGUGUUUGUGUGUGUCUCAGCCGAGCUCAGUGAGCAGAGAGGGAGAGAAAGAGAGAGGAGGAGAGGAGAGGAGAGAGAGAGAGUUUUGUUUAGGGGAGGGACAGACAUCCUCCAGCCGGGGACUACAGCCUCAGUCUGGGCAGCCAGGAGCGGCAGCAGCGUUGUAUGCCCUCCCCUCAACGACACCACCAUCAUCACCACCCGUCUGCACCCCGCUUUUUUUUUUUUGGGACUAGACACCCCGUGCUGUGACACCGUCUACGGGCAAGUGUGUUUGUGUGUGUGAGUGUGUGUGUCAGUCGAGGAGCAAAUAAAAGCAACAUCAAUAGGCACUACCCUCAGUCUCCCACCACGCGAACAAGGGGAGCACAGCGGAGGAGCGAGAGAAGGGGGUACCGACCGAAGGUGGCAUGGAGGAGAGGUGUGUGUGUGUCUGUGCGCGGAGGCAGGGCUGUGGGAUGUGGCGUCUGACGGACUCGGAGAGAUGCUGUGAGCUCUGGUAUUAGCAGGCAGCUGCGCACCGAGCCGCUCUCUCCCCUCCCUCCCCUCCCCAGUUGCUCUCCUCACACCGACCGUUCGCUCAAACCGGGGGAUCUGCUCCAUACGGCUCGCUCUUGCUCACUACUACCGCCGGCGUCUUGCAAGAAGGAUUUGACAGUAGCAGGUAUGUGCAGCGGCGGCGGAGCGCUGGAUGUGUGUUUGCAUGGUGAUGGUGGUUGAGGGUUGAGGUGGGGGGUGGGGGGGUCUUGACUGUUCUGACUUCAUCCUUCUUGUUGCUUCCCUCCCCUCCCUCUGUGGCCCUGUCAGUGGAUUAAUGAAACGUUAUUUAAGAAGGAUGCGGUGAGAUGGCAUCUUCUUGUCGAUGCAGCUGGCUGGAAAUUAUCAAUAAUACAAGGUGUUAAUGUGAUUCAGUCGUUCUCGUCUUUUUUUAUUAUUAUUCUAAUAAUCUCAAGAUCGGACACAAACACUGUCGAUCCACAAACGGCUCUUUGCUCUUCUUCUCACCUUUCCCAUGUUGUUGUGCAUAACGCAUGUGAGCAAUGCUGUUGUUUCACACCGAAGCAAACGCGAUGAGACUGCUGCUCGUCAUGUCAGCCAGAGAAAUGGUAAUAUUUUGAUUUAUGAGGAGAGACAAUCUGUUGUGAUCUUGGCUGGAUUCCUACGGCUGCAGGCAGAUAUUUCACUGCUGGGGGGAAAUACACAGGUUAGGUUAGAAUGGAGGCAAAAUGUAGCCGAGGCUGGGCGUGAGGGCAAUAUGAUCUGUGGAUGCACACACCCUCACAUGCUCAUCCCCCCGCUGGUGUGCUCCGCUUUUCUCUCGAAGCAGCAAAUGCACGCUUAAAAGCACUCAUGUACGGAGGCAUGCGUGGCGCACAUGUGUGUGCACGCACGGCUGCACACUCUGAAGAGCAGGCACACACACACACGCGCACACACACACACACCCACAUGUGCUCUAAUCCACACCCGGGCGUAAUCCAUAAUCAUGUGUAAUGGAGACAUGACGUAACACGUGAGCAUCUCUCAUCUAUAGGCUGUUUCUGGAGGUUUACUCUAAAAUAUUCCUGUACUUUGACCCAGAAUGAUAACAGCACAUCACAGCAUGCAAUGAAAUCGCUCGCAGCAUAAUAACCUCAAAUUGGCAUACUUGGCGUUUUCAUCAGAACAGAGCAGAUUGUUUUAUUGUGAGAAAUAGGUUAGCAUGCCUCUAACUGACACUCGUUUUCAUUUAAAGAGAGUGGCAGUGAUUGUUGGGCCUGUGAGAAACCAAGUGUUCCAGAGUGCUCUGCUGAUCAGAUGCAUUAAGGGAAAUGGGGGAAAUAGGUCCCUGGGUAUUAAUGCAUGGCCCCAGGGUAUGGCAUACAGAGAGUGGGUGUGGUUGAGGUGCUCCCCCUCUCUCUGGAGGUUUCUCCAGUCUGACUCAUGAAUGGGAGUGGCUCUAACUCAGGACCACAGGAAUUCCCAGAUUUUCUUGAGUCACAGUGACAGCCAACUUUUGUUUGGCGCUCUCAUCUGACUAAGCAAGUUGAAUGUGAUCCGUGUAAAACAGGAUAUAUGAGUGUGAAACUUCAAACAUUAAAACAUUUUGAGGCAGUGUGGUCAUACUUGGGCCCAGGACUCAGACUCCACAGUCUGACUUGAGUCCUGAUUUUCAGGACUCGUGAUUUAACUUGGACUUGAGCACUGAUGACUUGUGCACUGACUGCUUUAGGACUGUGAUAAGUCAGAUGUAUUUAUUGAUCAAGACUGUGUUAUAGUUCUUGUUUGACUUUUAGUAAAUAGCCUCAAUUCAUACUUUUGCCUGCACUUAUCUUAAAGGGAUAUUUCGGGGUAAAAUUAAUUUAGGGUCAAAAACAGUGUAACACUGAGUUAGACACUCUCUCGAGAGAUGAAUGUUGCUUCUCUAGUUAUACCAACUUUAGUAACGACCGCACGAUAGCAAUACACAGUGGUCUGAGGAGCCAUAAACAAACCUCAACCAAAAUGCCACUCUAUAGCCACAAAUAAUGCUCAGAACAGCAUUUAACUUCAUCUACAGUACAUACAUAGGGAGCUACAUUGCGAUACAUAGCUGCGUCACCCCGCUGUAGUCCGUAAUGGACUGGCCCAAGGUCUCGCUACAAACAAGCAGCCGCCGGAAGAGAGUGGGUGAGUUGUGUUAAGUCCAUUUGCUAAAGAAAUUAGGCAAAGUUAAAAAGAUGUUUGGUGUGUGGUGGCUAGUGCUAUGGCUAGGACCCUAUAUUUACUGUUGAUGAAGUUAGGUGCUGUUCUGAGUAUUAUUUUUGUGGCUAUAGAGUGGUGUUUUGGUUGAGGUUUGUUUAUGGCUCCUCAGACCGCUGUGUAUUGCUAUCGUGCAGUCGUUACUAAAGUUGGUAUAACUAGAGAAGCAAGCGGUCGACAACAUUCAUCUCUCAGUGUGGUGUCUAACUCGGUGUUACGGUGUGUUUGACCCUAAAUUAAUUUUACGCCAGAAUAUCCCUUUAACGUGUCAUCCUGGUCAGCAACAGAUCAUGCCAAAAGAGUUGCCUUGAAUGGGGUGUUUUUAGUCCAAAGAUUUUACUGUAACUAUAAACAAGAGCAGAGCAAUAUGUUAGACAUGUACAAGAACCAUCGAGGGGAAGACGAGUCAACAUCACACUUCAAUCAGCAUCUAUCCUGGAUUCAUCCAGUUUAACUUCAUAGAGGUUACAGUUACCCCACUUGGAUUGUUGAUUACAUAACUGUUAGCAGGCUAAUUGUAAUAUUAGCACCAAAGGGACUCAAUCACUGGCUCUAAGAUGUUUGGUUCGUUAAAGUUAAGUGGGUGGGUUGCAGUUAUUUUUGAAUUUAUUAGACCUCCACAGUGACUCAUGAGUGUUGCCUCUCAUUCACACACAGCACACAGCGCUGAAAUUUCAUUGAUAAUUUUAGUCACAGAGACUAACAGAACUAGUAAGAUUCUAAUGUAAAUAAAUAAAACACAGGGUUGGGAUUGUCCACCAUGUUUUCUGCACACCCUAAAGGUCCCUCACAGUCAGUCUCAGUUCAUACAGUCAACACUUAGAGCAAUACAGCCACCUCAUAAUAAGUGAAACAUUAACAGAGGGGACUUGACUUGUACUCAAUUUGAAAUUUUCUUUGGUGAUGCACUUGACUCAAACUUGAAUCUGGUGACCGAUUUCAGGUGCAGUGCUUUGCUCAAAGGCACAGACACCUCUGGUUUAUGAAGGCUGGAACAAACGUAAUUUUGGAUAUGAAAUUAAAACACCAAAAUUCAGUUAUUUACAGACUAAUAUAACAUAAACGAUUCUUGAUGAUAUCAUGUACUCAACCUACUACGUGAUCACUCAUGUGAAGUAAUACAUUUAACGAUGGCCUGUUCAGUCAAAGCUUAAUUUUAUAGGGGGGCACCCUCUUUGGCUCAUCUUUGUACAAACUAAGGAAGAGAUAAUGUUUGGUUAGCUGGUGGUUGUCCUUGUUUAGGGUGGAUUUAUGAGUGUAAUUCUGAUUCAAACACUAUUUGUUCCCCUUAGGGUAGUCAUCUCUAUUUUUAGUAGAUUUGUUUUUGUAUGCAUGCCAUUUUGUGUAAUCAUCUUUUAAUAAACCACAAACUCAAUUUAGGGGGCAGGAGUUGGAUGCUAGCAAUAGCUCUUACCUCAAUCUGCAAACUGUCAGUUACUACAGUUUAUUUGUAAUAGGUGGAAGUUGUUCCAUAUUACUUGUACUGUCCCCAUCAAAUAAGCUAAAAAACAACAUAAAUAAAUCCUAUUUUGCAUAAUCACCAGUCAGCUACUAUAAAUCAUCUCACAUUUCACCCUAUUACUGACUAAUAUAAAAACAAGUUGAUACUUAGUAUUGAUCUAAAGAUGAUUUUAGAAUAGUCCCUCAGUGUCUUCUUCAGUUUUGAUAGUUUUUCAAUGGCAACAUUAAUCUCAUCACCAAACAUACGGGUUGAAUUCACAUGAAAUUCAUGUUGUCCAUAGAUUCCUUCUGGUAGUAGCAUUUUUACUGGAUUAGCAAUAAAGGAAAAGGUGAACUUAUAUAAAGUAUACUAAAUGUUCUGGUCAUUUUAUCUAUUAAAACGCUUUUGUUUUGUAUGAUCUGAUUUAAUUUGUAUGUGAACAGUUUUUAUUGAUUUGGCCCUUCUGUCCCUACAAGUCACAGCAGGAUGACUGUAAGUUGAAUUUGUGAAUGUUACGUUUAUUAGUAAUAAUGUCAGUGUGUGUGCAGACAUAACGUUAAAUCAAAAUACAACUCCUAAUGGUCAUCAUUAAUCAAAUGUGCUGUAACAGUAAUGUUCUCUUUGAGGGUGAUCCCAAAAAUAAAGCAUCAUGCAACAAUCAUAGGAUAGAAUAAACUGGGUUAACUCAUUUAUUGAUUUGAUAUAUAUGCAGUGUUUGCCAUCAGGUUGUCCCUAAUGUUGCCUUAUCUCUUUAGAAUUAAUACAACCAUACCACGGUUAGCAUUAGAGUAAGCAUAAAAACAGCAUGAUAAGUAGGAAAGUGGGGUAAUAAUUGCUUAUAUUCACUUAGGUAGUACAGAUUUAGUGUGGUUGCACAGAGUCUGCUUGUAUAUUGCUACUAGAGCAAAGAUGAGUAGUAGCACAGAUCCUGUGGAUCUAGAUAAUCCAGCAUGUGAUCUGACUCCAACAUGCGCUCGGUGGCUUGGAAUAAAUGGUCCCAUUUCAUUUGCAGCUCAUUUUCUGCUGAGUCUACUCAAAGAGCCUCCUCCCUGCAGGUUCCGGGGUCAAACUGAUAAACCACACACGAGUGGGAUAAGGUGAUCUAGUAAUCUGUCAUCCUUUUCUCUUAAAUCUUAUGUCAUUACACUCUAAUGGGAGGAUACAGGCGAUACCUCGAGGGUAUUAUCAGGUCAUUGGUGUAUCAACUCCAGCUGAGGAAGAGGAAGAAUGCUUCAUUUGUCAAAGCUAAACAUGCAGAUGUCAAGGUGUUGGCUGUGGGAAGAGUUGAAAGUAGCUCCCUAAUUGGUAAUCAGCACUCAUUAAACACUAGUACUCCUUUAGUGUGAUUCAUCCAGACAAAGAGCAGCCACAGCAUCUAAGUGAUGUUUCAGUUACUGCUACAGUACACAGCUGUCAGCCAUUAUUGUAGCUGUACUUCAACUUGAUACAAGCUCAUGGCGUUAAUUGUGUCACAGAGGCAUUAAGAUAAUUGUUCAAAAUUGAUCAACAAACAUUGUUAGGUCCAGUUAAUGUAGAGCCUUACAGAUAAUUAUCUAUAAUGACUGAACCAUUCACUGAGAUAAAAAAACACACCAAAGGUCAAAAUUCAGCAGGUUUUAGCUUUAAGAAACCUGGUCAAGCACAUCCAGGGACAACAUCCCCUGCUCUGAGUAAAUCUAUUCCACAUUUGCAAAGAAAAAACAAAGUUUGUUGUAACUCUUAAAUCUGGACAAAGAAGACCAGGUUUGCUGACCCAAGAGAAGAUUGAGGAAUGCUUCUUUUCAGCUCUGACAUGAUGUAGAGGAGUCUGACUUCAAAGCCAUGACCUUAACCACUCUCUGAAGACAGACUAACACUAAUAUUUCAGCUCCAUAUAACACUGACAGUCGAUACAGUUUGAGGCUUUAAGUUAUUUUUAGACAUUAUUUUCUUUUACUGGCUGAGAGAGGUCAGCAGUUGUUUUAUGAUAUCAUCCUUCAAAAUGUCUAACUCAUCAAUAACUCAGUGACACACUCUUUUCAAUUUAAUUUUAAUUUAUUCCAUUAAAAAAUACUCUAUUCAUAACUCUUGGCUGUAACUAAUUUAACAGCCAUAUCUAGAGGUACUAAUUAGAUUGCCUUAUUUCACAUUGGUGAUGGUAAAUAUGCUAUUUUAGUGCUACUGUAGAAGAAAAAAAACAAUAAUUCAAUGAUUCAAUUUUGUAGUAAGUGAUAACACCUGAGGUCAUGUUUUUAAAUGAUUUUCAAAAAUCUUGACAAAUCACUAAACCUGCUGGAGUAGGCAACUGAACCCCCGUCCUCUCUCCCAAACAACUCCAAAUGCCCUUCAGUGAAGCACUUAACCCUUAGCUGCUGACUCAUUCAAACACGUGAAGUGUGGUUCAACAGAGGCCCUUCAUAGUUUUUGCAUGCAGAUGGCAGUUUGAUAUUCAUAAGAGAGCUUCAAAAAAUAUCACUGAAAGUCACAGAGGCAAUGUCAGGACAUAUUUAGACAAUAUCUGAUGGGAUUUAUUUAUGUGAGGGACAGUGUUGGGUCGUGACCCAUCAUGUGGCAAAAGUCUGACUUGGCUUUACUCCAAUCUGAGACAAAGCUGAGUCAUGAACCUCCUCACACCAAAAUAAAAACAUUGUAGGCUCUCUUAACCUAUUCCUGUCACCUUUUCAUUUCAGUGAUGGAAAUUUUGACACUGUCUUUUCUGCUAAUUACAACCCAAGACUAUGCAUACUUGUGACUGGGCAGAUGAUGGUUUCUGGAUAAAAUAGUUCUGAAAUUUAGACGAAAACGUUAAUUCAGGCUAGACUUCUUUGCUAACUAUAGUGAGUAAAUCUAGCUUAUUCGUUUCACUCCUCAGGGUUAGCCCUAUGGCACAAGACUUGAUAGUAUUAGAAAUAACAUUGUUGUUUUUUGCACCAACAUUGUCGCUCCAGGCCUGCCCUCAACCUUGUCCUGUGAAGUUCACAAAAAGCCAAGCUUCUGGAGAUGUUCCAUCAGACUUGUCAAAAUUAUAUCUGUGACGUUUGAACUAGAACUAAUGUGAGGCAGCUGUCAGAUCCCUUGCACAAAAAGCAUCCCACUUUAGAUCCAGUUGGCCAGUUUUACUGUAGAGAAAAAACAACUUCAUAGAGCCAUCAAAGCUAUUCAGAAUAACUCAAGAGUCUCUGCCCCCCACGAGCCCAAGACUGGCAUAUUGUCCUAUUUGUAAUUACAUAGUCUGCUGCACAUAUGCAUUAUGUUACAUGAAUGGUUCAGGUGCUGAACCAUUGUAAUUUAACUAAUUGGGACAUUAAGUGUCAGUAUAGGUCAUUAACCCCAACAUUUAAAUGAAUGAUUAUACCCACACUUUCAUCAUAAAUAUCAUGAAAAAUUAACAAACCCAACAAAUUUGACCUUUCAUAAAACAUGCAAUUAAAAAAAAUAUGUUUGGACCACUUUAUACUGGAUCUACUGGAUAUUUUAAAGUAUUUUUUCUGAAUACACUCUUGAAGAAUAAUGUUGGUUUAGUUUAGCGCUUCCUGAGUUCCAGGCUUUCUGACAAGACUGUUGUAGCAUUGAAGCAAUUAGAAUAAUUGGCCAGCUCCUGCUGCAGAAGCCGGAUACAUCAAUGUUGCUAGUGGGUCUAUUGACCUUGACUGACACACACACAUACAUGACUGCACACCCAGUCAUAUAAACAUGCAAUUGAUUACUCUCAACCCCCCCCUGGACCCUUAUGAACACACAUGCACAUUCAGUAGAGGCACAUACUUACAUUCUGUCUUUGUCUUUCCUUCUGUCUCUCUUCCUUGUUAAAGAUCCCCUUUUCAUAACAUGAAUCAUGUAUUUUGUUGCAUAAUGAAUCUAAAAAUUAAGAUGCUAUGUUGUUGGAUGCUGUGUGCGCCACAAAACAGACAUUUGAUGAUUUCUGUAAAUGCAAAGAAAGACUUGAUAGAAAACAGUUAUUGCUAUGGAAAUCUCAAUGGUUGUGAUUAAUGGUCAUUCUGUUUUUUGUUUUGUCUUUCAGAGACAUGGUCCAUAUUUGGAGGAAGGCCACUGGAUUCAAAAAGCAUUACUGA